GUAGUAGCGGCAGCGAGGCGGGAGCUGACGGGGCACAGCAGCAGUGGCUCUGCCCCGGAGGGCGAAGGGGAGCGCGGAUCGACAGCCGACCGGAGGAGGACGCAGCAGGCGCCGGGGCCGCAGGUACUUAACAGCGACGACAACAAAAAAAUGAAUGUUUUCCCAUCAUGUCUCUCCAUGCAGUAGCUCUAGCCAGCUACAGCGGGACAGAAGUCUUCCAGCACGCCCGGUCUAAAAAGUUAAACCACAAAAGCCUAAAGGUGGCUCUCAACAAGUCAGCGUAUCCUUCAAGUCCCUCAGCAAGGAUUAGCUGCCUUGCCCUGACACCUCAAAUCUCCGUUCUCCCAGAAAAGUGCACGAGGCCAGCAGUGAUUGGACAUGCUGGAAGUUUUGGAUCAUACCCAGACAGUACUGAAGCUAUCAAAGACAUUCUCGUGUCUGUUUUAAAUGCAUCUGGUUUGAAGCCCUCCUUGGUGCCAGAGCAAACUGCAAUGCAGAGAGCUGGACACCCGGACAGUGAUGUGGAACAUUGGGAAGAAAGCAGUGAUGGGGACAGCCGUGAGGACAGCGACACUGAUGCUGUGCAUCGCAGUGUUGCCAGUACACAAACAGAUAUUCGGUUUACCAGGCACCGGGCAUGUUGGGACAACUCUCUCUGCGAUGGCUCUAAACCCUCACUGGAUACUUUCUUUCACCCUCAGUACUCUGACAGGGAUCCUGCUGCUUCCUCCUUGGAUGCUUUUGAUUUUUCUGAGGAGUCCCCUCCCAAGCGCAACUGUUUCACUCAGGUGACUUUAACAGGAGACGGUGUCACAUCAGCUGUUGUGCAUUCUGGAGAAGAAUGUUGUUCCUCCCCAGAAAGAGACUUGACUUUCACAAGGUUUUUUCCUGACUCAGCUGUUGGUAAGCCAGCAGAUGUAUUGAAGUACCCUGCUUUGGAGCCUACACGUGCCAGCAACAGUGACAAUUCUCCCAGUGGACUUUCCCAGUCAGAUCCAGCCAAUCAAACAGGUUCUGCUUCUCCUUUGAACCUAAGUCCUAUAACUUUGAAUCGUUCAGUGCAGGAUAUCUGUGUGCUUCCAGAAGACGUGGAGAAGGAAAACGCACACUUUUUUAUUGCAGAUAUGAUUAUAGCAUCUCUAGAAAAAAUGAAAUAUAAUAUCCUAAGCCAACAAGCAGAGUCCUGGGUUGUGGAGGAAACAAGUGGAUCAGAUGGCAGCUAUCACACUGAUCUGGAAUUACCUUCUUACCCUGGAGUGAAAAAGUCUGAUUCUUCUGUUGCCUCAUCUGACAGUGGUUAUGAAGGCUGUGCUUUGUUGCCUGUCAGCUCCCCAGUGCAUCUACCUUCCCAUCAUGAGAUUACCAGAUUUCGCUGCCACAGUGACUCAGAGGAUGAAUAUGUAAUUAUUGAACUUGAAGACCUUGAAAAUCUGUCUGUCACCCCAGAUGAAAGAUUGUCUUCUGAACGAGGCAGCAAUUCUGCUGAAGCAACAGCCCAGGAGUUGUGCAGAGCUUUCAGAAAACACUGGUUGCUGACAGACUCUGCAGUCCAACUGUCUGGUUUCCUGAGCUCAUCUAAGCAGAGAUCUAUGCUGAAAGAAGACAUUCCAAGAGAGCUCGAGUCCAGUUUGAAUCUGGCUGAAGAAAUAAAGAACAUAACCAAAUUAAGAGGAUAUUCUGGCUGGACCCCACCAAAAUCACAGAUUCUCUUUAAUAUUCACCCUUCAGCCAAGAGAGAUGCAGUGGUGGCUGCCCAAAAUUUUACCUGUGUUGGCUGUGGAACUCCAAUAGAAAGCAAAUAUAUCAGGAGGCUCCGUUAUUGUGACUACCUGGGGAAAUACUUCUGUGACUGCUGCCACAGCUAUGCUCAGUCUUCCAUUCCUGCCCGAAUACUUUUGAAGUGGGACUUCAAAAAAUACUAUGUGUGCAACUUCUCAAAACACCUCCUGGACAGCAUAUGGCAACACCCAAUUUUCAAUGUGUUGUGUAUUAACGAAGCCCUCUACACAAAAAGUAAAGAAAUGGACAGAGUGAGGGAGGUGCAAGAACAGCUUUUUCAUUUAAAAAAGCUUUUGAAAAGCUGCAGGUUUGGUGAAAGUGUGGUAAAAGAAUUUGAACAGGUUCCCAGGCAUCUGACAGAGGAGCUGCAUCUCUUCUCCCUGGAUGAUCUGGUGAAGAUUAAACGAGGGCAGUUACUGCCCCUUCUUAAGGACAUUCUGAAGAGCUCCAGCUCCCAUGUGAAUAGUUGUGAGCUCUGUCAAGCAAAGGGUUUUAUCUGUGAAUUUUGCCAGAGUGCAGAUCUCCUCUUUCCAUAUCAGAUUGCCAAAUGCACGAGGUGCACAGAGUGCAAAACAUGCUUUCACAAAGCAUGCUUCAAGUCUGGAGAAUGUCCCAAAUGCCAGCGGAUUGCAGCUCGGAGGACGUGUUCAGAGACUCCGUCACUGGUGCCUUCAUGAAACUUGAUUCCUCUGCUUGCAGUAGAUGUUCAAAGCCAAAUCUUCAGGUCUGGAGGAAGGUCAUACCAAAAUCACAUUCUCAUGUGCUGGUGUCACCACAGGCUACUACAGGAACCUGCUGAGGCUGUUCACCUUGAACUUUUUCCCUGGUGAGAAGCAAAACCUGUAGCCACAAGGUGUUCUUAGUGUUGCUGAUGUGAAACCUUCCUCUUAUCAGCUGAUAUCAUGGGAUAGCAUAAAGAAACCAUGAUAAAAACUUGGAAGCAGGCACUGUAUCUCUCUGGUGAUGAAGUGGGUUGGGCAGGAAGGGGUGACUGGUGUGCUACAAACCCUCUAGGUGUCCCUAGGGUGUAGCUACAUUCUUUGAAACAAGUUUUGAGAUUCAUUAAACUUUUUGAAUCAAUGCUCUUCCUUAGCAUAUCUCUGGGGUUGAGUACUGAGUUUGAUAAUUUCUGAGGUUAAAUCAUAU